AGACCACUCACCAAGCAUCCACAGUUCUUCAUAUAAUGAUAGCGAUAUCAUGCCUACUUCAUAUUUGAUUGUUUCUUUAUUUUUCACUCUACUGUCGACUUAUAAUCAUCUCUCCACAGCGCUAUCAACUGGUGAUACUCGUCAGUACAGAUCAUGUUCAGAAGCACCGCCCCAAUCCGGAGUGUAUACAAUAGCCCUACAAAAUGGUUUCGCACCAUUCCAGGCUUACUGUGAACAGCAAAAGUACGGCGGAGGUUGGUUAGUAUUGCAGAACCGCUACGAUGGAUCAAUCAGCUUCAACAGAAGCUGGGACGAAUACAGAAACGGCUUCGGAAAUACCGAACAAGAGUACUGGUUGGGACUGGAGAAAAUCCAUCAGGUUACGAUGAAUCAGACGCACGAACUGCUGAUCGUCAUAGAGAAUUUCACGGAUUUUUCAGCCCACGAAAUUUACUCGGGAUUCCGGGUGGAAAAUGAAGCUACAAACUAUACGCUACGUUUGUCCAACGAGGAGUACUCGUACCACGGUACGGCAAGGAAUUCAUUUUGGGUAUAUCGGAAUGAACAAUUCAGCACAUACGAUCGAAUCAACGACAAAUCGAUUUUGGACUGUUCGAUCCUUACCGGAAGUGGACACUGGCACUAUGAUUGUGGAACUGGGUACAAAAGUAGUAAUCUAAAUGGUGAAUUCAGCAGAGAUGUCCUCGGAGGACGGCGUGGUAUGUGGUGGGGCACUUUUGGUGGCCAACAAUUUCCUUUGCGAAAGACCAGAAUGAUGGUAAAAGUAGGCGAAAACUAGCAUAGUAUCGUGCCACUGAACUUGUUAUUCAAAUUUAUUAGUGAAAUAUAAUGCCCCAUACUUAUAUAAUUGAUGCAAAAGAUCAACCAAAUAUGACAGAACAGCUUCCAGAAUAUACUUGACUAAAAGUUUUUAGAUUAUUUACUUAUUUAUCCAUUAUUUUUUCAGUUUAGUGCAACAUCAAUAAUCUUUAUAAAACCUCAUCUCUUAAUAAAAUUUACAGAAACUCUGUCUCCAUUGGGCCAACACAUCUGUGUAUUAUAUCCA